AAUAAUUAAAAGAAACGAACACUGAAAAAAUUCUCUGAUGACUUCACCAUUAAUGGCGUCCGGGAGGAUAACGAACCCAGCCAUGUUCGCGCCUCAUUUUCCAUUGCUCCAACUCCCUUCAUUUUGCCAUCACUCGCUUCUUCCUCUUCUCCAUGGUCGCCUCUCUGCUCCCGUUCCCGUUUCCGUAUCCAAAUCCUCAUUCCGGAGAGCAAAUGGUGACAGACACCUUCUCUCAUCUUCGUCUUCCUCGAGCUACAGCAACUCGACUCGGAAUGUGAAAGUUAGGUCGCAGCUGAGGCAUCCAAUUAUUGCGGCAGAUGAUUAUUGGGGCACAUGGACUGCUUUGUUUGCUAUUGGCACUUUGGGGAUCUGGUCUGAGAAGACCAAGGUUGGUAGCACAGUGAGUGCUGCUUUGGUUAGCACUUUGGUUGGCUUGGCAGCUAGUAACUUUGGCAUAAUUCCUUAUGAAGCUAUGCCUUAUUCAAUUGUCAUGGAAUUUCUGCUACCAUUAUCUGUUCCAUUGCUACUGUUUCGAGCAGACAUUCGUCAUAUAAUCCGAUCAACUGGAACAUUACUUGGAGUUUUCCUGCUUGGAUCAGUUGCGACUAUUAUAGGAACUGUAGUAGCAUUUCUCAUGGUGCCUAUGAGAUCACUUGGUCCUGACAAUUGGAAAGUAGCUGCUGCUCUCAUGGGUAGUUAUAUUGGUGGAUCUGUAAAUUAUGUUGCAAUUUCAGAGGCUCUUGGUGUUUCUCCAUCAGUUUUAGCAGCAGGAGUGGCUGCUGACAAUGUCAUCAGUGCUUUAUACUUUGUGGCUCUCUUUGCAUUGGCUUCUAGAACGCCUCCUGAACCUCUGACAUCAACUGACGAUGCUUCAACCGACAAGGACUUUGACCAUGGCACAAAGCUUCCUGUGUUGCAGACUGCUACGGCUGUUGUUACAUCCUUUGCAAUAUGCAAGUUUGUCACAUGGAUUACUAAUAUGUGUAAAAUUCAAGGUGCUAAUCUUCCUGGGAUAACUGCUGUUGUAGUCAUUCUAGCUACCAUUCUCCCAAAACAGUUCAAUUAUUUAGCACCCGCAGCUGAUACCAUUGCCUUGAUUCUUAUGCAGGUAUUCUUUGCUGUUGUGGGUGCUAGUGGGAGUAUAUGGUAUGUCAUCAACAAUACACCGAGUAUUUUCAUGUUCGCUUUAGUUCAAGUUACAGUCCAUCUUGCUAUUAUUCUUUGUUUUGGAAAGCUGUUCAGGAUUGAUUUGAAGCUGUUGCUCUUGGCUUCAAAUGCCAAUAUUGGGGGCCCAACAACAGCAUGUGGAAUGGCAACUGCCAAGGGUUGGAGAUCUUUGGUGGUUCCUAGUAUUCUUGCUGGCAUUUUUGGUAUCGCAAUUGCUACUUUUCUGGGUGUUGGUUUCGGGUUGAUGAUCCUCAGGCACAUAUAGAAAAACAAGUGACGGAACAAUGCAUAUCAAAGAUGGAAUCUACUGAUGAAAGCAUCAAACCUUUUCUUAUCACUGGAGAAGAGAAAGACAAAGAUCGGAUUCAACCAAGAGAGACACUGGAUCUAUCUGUGUAAGUUCAAAAGGUAUGAUUUAGCAGUGUUAUAGAAGAAGGGCAUAACUAUAAAAGAAAAAAAAGAAAAAUUCAUAAUGAUUUUUGUGAAGGACACUGUUAGACAUAGAAGGCUCAAAGCUGAUUUAGUUUUGUUUUGCUCUUAGAAAGUGGUCAAAAUGUAGAUGUUUUCUAGAAAGAACUCCUACAAAGGAGACAGAAACGUACAGAAACUUUUGACUCACAUUGAAACAUAUAAAAGAGCAGCAAAAUUUAUAUAAUUUUUCUAAAGGAAUAAGCUCAAAAUUUUACCCU